AUGGGCAAAGAAACAAAAUUAAUCGACAAAUUCGAAAGCGACUCGUCGAAGAUGACGCAGGCGAGGAAAGAGGGCCAGGGUCAGGCAAAGUACUCGCUGGAGCCGAACCCGCUGCUCGCCAAGCUCAACCCCAAUCACGGCACAUGGGAGCGCAUCGAAGAACUCGUCCACUUAAUGAAGGACCCGUGCACCGGCGUGCCCCUCAGAGCGGUCAAGAGCUUCCUCUCCAGAAUACCAGACGUGUUCACCGGCGAGGACCUUGUUCAGUGGCUGCGCAAGUCAUACGGCGUCGACUCAAACGAUGAAGCCGUCCAUUUAGGGACUCUGAUCGCCUGCCACGGCUACUUUUACGCCAUCGACGAGCACGUGAUCACGCUCAAAGACGACAACUCUUUCAACAGAUUUCAGCACGAGAAGUACUGGCCGAGCAAAGGCUGGGAGCCGGAUCAAGCAUCUUACGCGAUCUAUUUGAUAAAAAGAUCAUUUUCAACCAAGGCGCGGCUCGAACUUGGCGACUACGAAAUCGAUAACCUCUCUCGGCUGCAGCGGGUGCUCUCACGCGACUGGGAUCGGCUUGUGUCGACGGCCGAGAGUCUCUCCCGCGUCGAAAAGCGAAAGGACAAAUCCGACCGAAAGCUUCAUGAAUGUCAAGAACGCGCGUUUUGGAACAUACACAGACCUAUGCCUGGCCAGGCGAACACUUCCGAGCAAGACAUGAAGAAACGCGUUAGAAACAACCGAAUGGCUUCGAAGACUUACAGUGACCAGAUGGCGACAAUGGGACCAAGCGAGCGAAUCGAAAUGAAGCAGAAAGACAUUAGGCGGCUCGAGCUCGAGAAGGACGCGUUGGAGAAGGCCCUGAUCAAACCGUGCCACAGAUUUUCAAAAGCCAUCGAGACCCUCAUCAGUUAUUGCGACGCGCGAGAACGAAUCGACCCUCUUCUGCCACACUCCGCGCUGUCUGGUUACAAUUCCUGGUCUUCCCGCGACCAGAGUGCCUUAGAAAGUGAACCGUUAAAAUGGAAAAAUGGACUGGCCGAUUUGCUGCGAAAUCAGUUCGGACAAGAAGCAUUCGCCAAAUUCCUCAAGUCAGAGUAUUCGGGCGAGAACUUGACCUUCUGGCUCCACACAAGGCGUUACAAAAGUGCACCAGUUUCCCGGCACCGCGUCAUAGCCCGCGCUAUUUACGAAAGACACAUUUCUGACGAGUGUCAAGAACCGGUGAAUUUGCCACAAGCCGAUCGAAGAAAAAUCGCCAGAUCGCUCGAAUCGGAAGAACCUUUGACGAGAUUCCUCUUCGACGACGCCGCCGAGGAACGAGUGCUUAAUUUUUUGUGUCACAUCUGCCCUCAUUAA